GGUUACCUUCACUUCCCGCAGAACCAAUAUGGCGGCCAGCGUGUACUGCAGUGGAAAAGUUUUAAGAACCUUUGCAAGGAACUGUCAGAGUAAAAACGCUAAUACUUUGUUCCUGAGAUGUGCAAGUACUUCUCAAAAGCAAAAAGCAUCCUCCAAGGGUACCACCCCAAAACAAACUGGAAGGAACAUUGUUUUGGUGGAAGGAGUGCGAACUCCUUUUCUCAUGGCUGGCACUAGCUACGCUGACUUGUUAUCACAUGAUAUUCAAAGAGGAGCACUAGAGUCCUCCCCCCCCNCUGGAAUAAGUAAAGAUGCUGUAGACCAUAUUGUUAUUGGCACAGUUAUUCAAGAAGUAAAAACCAGCAAUAUUGCAAGAGAGGCUGCCCUAGGUGCUGGCUUCUCAGACAAGACUCCAUGUCACACUGUCACCAUGGCUUGCAUCUCAUCAAACCAAGCCAUUACUUCAGCUGUUGGUUUGAUUGCCAGUGGUCAGUGCGAUACGGCAAUUGCCGGGGGAGUGGAAUUUAUGUCGGAUGUUCCCAUCAGACUUAGCAGACCUCUCAGGAAAACAUUGCUUACUUUAAACAAGAACAUAUAUUCCACUAAUUUGCAGGUCGGUGUACCACCAAUGGAGAAAUUUAACACGUGGGGUGGCUCGCUGUCCAUUGGCCAUCCAUUUGGUGCCACUGGUGUUCGGCUGGUCACCACAGCUGCCAACAGAUUACUGAAGGAGGGCGGCAAGUACGGUCUGGUCGCUGCUUGUGCUGCUGGGGGUCUGGGACACGCCAUGAUUGUGGAACGAUAUCCAUCUUGAACUGAAGUUUCCUAAGAAGAUGCAAUAUUCUCUCGCUGUUGACUGGUUCUCUCUGCCAGUUACUUACAGAUUCCAAAUAAACGCCUGUUAAGUACGCGGCACAUAAUCCUUGAAGGAGAUUCUCCAGAGCUCGAGAAGAACUCGUAUAGUAUUUGUGGUAAUUUGUCUCGUUCUAAUCGUUUUGUUGGUUCAUUUUGUACUGAAAACUAACUGGUAAUAAAGCUGGAUUUAGUAAAUGGA